GUAUUUCAAUGGACGCCAAGAGGUUCAUCCAAUUGGUCGAGGAGAAAAAGAAUAGAGCUUUGGAGAAGAAGGAGGCCCGUUUGAAAUGGGAGCAAAAGCUAGAAGCUACUGCUAAGGCAAAGGCUGAUGCUGAAGCCAAAGAGAGGAAGCUGAAGGCUACAAAGCAUAAAAGAAAAUCAAUGUCCCAUUCAAAUAAUGACAGUGAUAGUAACAAUAGUGAUGGGGGAACAAAGUUGAAUAAAAGAGGCCACAAGAGGCACAGGAAGCAUGCUCACUCUGACUCGAGUGGUGACAAUGAAAAAAGGAAGGAGAAGAAAACCAAGCAAAAGCUGAGGGGACAAUCCUCUAGCACAAGUGAUGAUAGUGCUGAUGACCAUGAAGGUGGAUCAGGUGAAGAUUGGAAGAGAAAAAGGCAAAACCACAGAAGGCACAAGCAUCAUGAUUCAAGAUCUAAUUUUUAUAGUUCUUUGAGUGAUGAUGAUGGUGAGGUAAUCAAGAGAAGAGGCCAUGCAAAGCGUCACAAACACCAUAGGCGGUUGGAAUCUAGUACUUCAGAUUCUUUUAGUGAGAACGAUGAUGUCACAAUUCGAAAGAGAAGUCAUGCAAAGUACCACAAACGCCGUGAAAGGAGUGAGUCUAUUAAAAGUUCAUCAAACGACAACCAUGAAGAAGCAGGUAAACGAGCGAGGCACAAGACUUCUGGCCCCCAAGGCCACUACCGCCACAAACAUUGA